AUGCCGGGCGCUAUAGAAACCGAGACGGGCGGCGAGUCUGGCGUAGCGUCAGAGCUCCCCGCAGGCGCCGAGCCGUUUGUGAUCAUCAAGCAGGAUGUCGAGCUGGAACUCAACUUUCGCGAAAAGAGCAUUAGCGGCGUGUCGACGAUCCAUCUCUUCACGAUAAAUCCGGACCUCGACGAGAUUUUCUUGGACGCGCGGCAAUGCGAAAUCGACGUUAAGAAUGUUACAGUGGAUGGAUUCAAGACAACCGCAUCUUUCUCCGACCCAUACGACCUGGCGCGAACGCCGGACACAUGGCAGGUCGGCGCGGGUCAACAUCAUCUGGUUAAACGACGGAUGGCGCCACUUCGGCCCGCUCGACGGCCCGAGGUCCCUAACAAGGACCGAGAAAUGCUGCCAUGUUGUGUCCCGGCAGACCGCUCGGUCAAGGUGUCGUUGCGCCCCGAUGGCAUGUUCAAGGACGAGCCCAGACGAGCCCUCAAGAUCAAGACGUCAAAAGCCGACAAGGAUGCCCCGCUCGACCGGCCGGACCCGAACGACGAGAAGAAUGGGAUUAAGGUCUCCAUUCCUUUCCGCUCCAAGAACAUCCGCGACGGCCUGCACUUUGUCGGCGUUGAGGAGGGUGACCUGAGAUACCCGCACGUCUACACGCGCCAUUCCCUCGAGCCGGGGACGGCUUCUUGCAUUUUCCCCUGCGUCGACGACCCCGGGUCGAGGCAUCCAUGGAAGAUCUCGAUCAAGUGCCCCAGGACACUGGCCGAUGUGUUUGAGCAACCGCUGGCGACACAAGGGGUUCCUGCUGCUCAGAGCCUAGACGAGAGCCGCAAGAGGAAACGCGGGGAAGCCCAACCCGCAUCUCCGGAAGGGCCGCUAUUGUCGGAGGAGGACAAGCUGAUGGAGAUGACAGUUGUCUGCUCCGGCAACCUUGCGGGGGAGCAGAUCGAUCCGGAGGACAACACGAAGAAGAUUAUGACCUUUGAGUCGCAACUUUCGGCCGCUCAGCACGUAGCGUUUGCCAUCGGGCCCUUUGAGCACGUCCAGUUGUGGUCCGAGUUCCGUACGGAGGAAGCGGAUGAGAAGCUCGGCGCUAAUGCGGCUAAGAUCCACGCCUACUGCCUCCCGACGCGGGCGCACGACGUACGUCACACAUGCGCUCCGAUUGUAGCCGCGGCGGAUUUCUUUGCCCCCGAGUUCGGGCGGUACCCCUUCGAGAGCUACAAGGUCUGCUUUGUCGACGACAUGGUUUCGGACACGGUGGCGGCCACAUCAAUGUCAUUGUGCAGCAACAGGCUGCUCUACCCAGACGACAUGAUCGACCCGGAAGUGGAAGUCACGAGAAAGCUGGUCCACGCGCUAGCCAGCCAGUACUUUGGUGUUCACAUUGUGCCCAACCAGCGGUCCGACAGCUGGCUCAUUGUGGGCAUCCAGUGGUUCAUGACGGACUUGUUCAUGAGGAGCAUAUGCGGCAACAACUGGUACCGGUUCCACAUCAAGACGUUAUCAGACAAGCUGGUGGAAACGGACGAACAUCGGCCGUCUUUGCACGACCUCGGGGAGCACCUGCAUAUUGGCGACUUCGAGCUCGAGUUCAUGUCUCUCAAGGCGCCGCUGGUGCUCUUCAUUCUGGACCAGCGCAUGUCCAAGAUCCCCGGUUCGAUGGGGAUAGUACGCGUCAUCUCGCAGAUCGUCUCCAACGCGAACAUCAACGCGACCAUCACUAGUACUUCGCUCGCGGACGGGGAUUUCCGGCGAGCGUGCGAGAAGAAGAGCCAAUACCCGCCGGACGAGCUGUGGCAGCAGUAUGUUCAGUCGGCGGGGUGCCCGAGGCUGCAGAUCAAGCAGAGGUUCAACAAGAAGAACUUGAAUGUGGAUAUCUCGGUCGCACAGACUCAAGGGAAAGACAACGCGCCGAAGGCUAUCACCAAGAGCGAGUUCCUGAAGGAGUUGCUGGAGGAGGUGCACGAGGUGUACGCGGGGACGGUGCCGAAGCAUUUCACGGGCCCAUUUACGGUGCGCAUCCACGAGGCGGACGGCACGCCAUACGAGCACUAUCUCACCAUCACGGAUAAGGACAAGAUGGCGACAACGCUCCAGAUCGCGUACAACACCAAGUACAAGCGCAUGAAGCGUACGAAGAAGGCGACCGCGGCGGUGGCCGGCACGGGGGCCGCGGACAAGCACGACAUCCAGGAGGACGAUGUGGUCUACUUCAACAUGCUGGGCGACGUGCUGAUGUCGCAGCGGGAUAUCGAGAACUGGGGGCUCCAGGACUGGGCGGACAGUGUGCAGGUGGCAAUGGACCAGGAGUCCUAUGAGUGGAUCCGGCUAGACUGCAACUUUGAGUGGCUGUGCGAGAUGGGCACGGAUAUGCCGGGGUACAUGUAUCUGGCACAGCUGCAGCAAGACCGAGACGUGGUCGCGCACCAGGACGCGAUGCUGUUCUUCCGGCGCGGGAAGCGGCACGGGGUGGCCUCGAGCAUCGAGACGCGGACGGGGCUCGACCGACGGUACUUCCACGGGAUUCGCACGCUGGCGAUCGAGGACCUGCCGAAGCAGGCCGGGGCGGAGAUCAACUACAUCGGCACGGCGCAGCUGAUCCUGAUGUUCCGGCACUACUUUUGCGACCGGGUGGUGGGCAAAGACGGCAGCGUCACGUUCCCGCCGGGGCCCAACGAUUUUUAUGACAAGGCACAGUACACGGUGCAGUGCGCGCUCCCGGGGGCGAUCGCGCGCACGCGGGAGAAUGGGCGGUGCUCGCGGCAAGCGCGGAAUUUCCUGCUGGACCUGGUGCUGUUCAACGACAACUCGGAGAACGACUACUCUGACCAGUUCUACAUCGCGAAGCUCCUGGAGGCGCUAACGACGUCGAUCAUCCCAGACCGGUGGGACAACGAGCGGGAUUUGUUCUCGAGUCUGAGGACGGACGAUGACGAAGAGGCGGAGCUGCGGCGGUUCAUUACUAAGACUAUUGAGGAGAUCGACAAGUACCGGCGCAUGGACGAGUGGACGUCGACAUACCAGAACAUCUGGACGACGACGGCGCUGCAGUGCAAGAUGCGCCUGAUGAAGGCCAACGUGGUGCGCACGGAGCCGUUGGAGUUUGUGCGGUACCUGCAGGACGGCAACUACGACCUCAUCCGGAUCACGGCAUUUGAGUGUCUAGUCGAGCUCGGCCUGCUCGCGAAGGUGCCGAUUAUGAAGCUGCUGCUCGCGAGCGUGGGCACCGACCCGUCGCCGUUUGUGCGCGACCGGCUGUUCAAGAUCUUCUGUCAAGGCAUGGCCGCCGUGGCCCUGGGCGAGAGCAAGGCCGCGCAGGCAGCGACGCCCGAGAUGGAGGUCGACGACACGGGGCUGGUGGUCGAGCAGGGUGAGGCUGAGAUCCAGCGGAGACAGCUCGCAGCGACGCGCAACCAGAGCAUCCAGUCGGCCGUCGAGGCCCUGCGCGAUGAGCUCAAGGGCAACACGGAACUACAGGCGGCUACGUGGACGGCUGUCGAGUCGUCGUCGAUCAGUGCCAAGGAGAAAUUCCAGUUGCUGGCCGUGUGCUCGGCCAUGUUCGCCGCGGACGACUCGCUGCUGUACACCUUCAACUACCCCAGGGUCUGGCGAUGCACGCGCGAGCCGAUAGUGGACGGGCCGUUCAACCCGCUGCGGCUCAACGGCAACGGCAACGGCAACGGGGCCAAGAAGCAGUGCGUCAUCAAGUUCUCGACGUACUACCGCACCCACCCGCGCCACAGGAACCUCAUGAACAUGGUGCCACCACCGCUUCCAGCACCGCCGGCCGCCGACGCUGCUAAAGUGCCCGAGGUUAAGAUGAUUAAGCUCCACACUAACCGGUCCUUUAGCGGCGCCCAGGCCGGGUCUUCCACCGGUGGUCCUUCGACGCCGGGGCCUCACGGACGGAAAGACUCGAUUUCUGUUACUGUGUCGCGGCCGCCUGCUCUCACGGCAAGUCCUGCGUCAGACUCGAUUUCCGUCCAGCCCCGCGCACGGCUGUCCACGCCAUUAGCCGCAACGCCCUCGCCGACGACUGCCGGGUUUGGCCAGCAACACACCAACGGCUCAGCCAAACCAACCGACAAACGGCCUAAGCUGCCGAAGAAACGGAAGAGCGAAGAGGGCGACGGUCCAGACCGCCCCAAGAAGGUCGCGCGCGUCGAGAGCGGUGCAAAUGGGAAUGGGCAGCGAAGGAAGCUGGUUAGAAUCCCGUUUACCGCCUGGGAUAGGCUUCCACCACGGACGAUGGAUAAGAUCCGCGCCGCUGAUAGGGCGACUGCUAGCUCAUCGACGAUUGUUGCGACGCCCGCGCAGCCGAAACGGUCUGCUCUUCCUGGUCAUGCACGGUCGGGAUCACCGGCUGUUCUUCAUAAUAGUAACGCGCGGGCUUCGCCGGGUGUUAAUGGGAAUGGCAGUGGUCACAGUGGUGGACAGAUCUCGAUCAAGAAGCGGAAACCGCUGCCGUCGGGAGCACCACCUUUGCAGCAGCAGCAGCAUCAGUCCCCGCCGCCACCGCCGGUGUUGAAUACACCUCCGCAGAAGAAAAAGUUGAUCAAAGUGAAGUUGAAGAGUUUGGCGCGGCCGUCGCCUCCGCAGACUCCGAGGUGA